UAAAAUAAAAUAAUAGCGCACGUAUUUUAGCCGGGGAAGAGGUAUGACGUCAUGUACCGUUCUCUCCGUUGAAUUUCCAGUGGGGUGAUUCAACGGCGCCAUAGCAUAGCAUGGCUUAAUUCGUCCUCUUUUUUGUUCGUUCUUCUCUCUCGGGUCGAUUCAAUCAAGUCAUCGACUCCACUCUAGGGUUUGGUGUGGGCAGAUGGAUAGAGAUAGACAGAGAGCAGACCACCGCAACCCCCACUCUGCGACGUCGUCUUGGUCCUCUGAUGACCACCCUGCCUUGGACCCUCACAGAGGAGGAGGAGGAGGAGGAGGUUACUUCUCCUCCGGCCCCGGCGAUGCCAACCACCACCAACGACACCAUUUUCACCAUCACCGUCACCACCACUCCAACCACCGCCAACAUUUCAAUUUCAACACCGAACAGAACGAUGACAUUGCUUCCGCUACUCAUUCUUCCUCUCUUUCUGCUCGCAAGAGACAGUUUUCUACUCCAGAUUGUAUUGAUGGUGGAAGUUAUGUGAAACUUUAUGUCGGUGGUAUACCAAGAACUGCCACAGAAGAAGAGAUUCGCUUCUUGUUUGGGGAACACGGAAACAUUGUUGAGGUUGUUCUGCUCAAGGAUAAGAGAACUGGCCAACAACAAGAAUGUUGUUUUGUAAAAUAUGCAACAUUAGAGGAAGCUGACCGGGCUAUUGGAACAUUACACAAUCGAUACACUUUUCCUGGAGGAAUGAUGAUUCCAAUUAAAGUUAGAUAUGCUGAUGGGGAGCGUGAACGCCUUGGGGGUUUUGGGCCACAUGAGUACAAAUUGUAUGUUGGUUGUCUGAACAAGCAAGCUUGCAAAAGGGAAGUUGAAGAAAUAUUUUCUCCUUUCGGUCUUGUUGAAGAAGUCUACAUUGUGUGUGAUGAACGUUGGCAAAGUCGUGGUUCCACUGUAAGGUUGUGCUAAUGUAGAUCAAAUAGUUAUCUAAUUUCAAGUUGCUGCCUCACAUUUCUAAAGCAAAGGUGUUGCUAUAGGUUCUUGUUGCUUGUACUGCCAAAUGUAUUCUUCAUCAUUUUUUUAUUUGAAGUUUGAUCAAAGUUUGU